AUGGCUGUGCUCAAAGCAAAAAAAAAGAUCAUCUGCGGAUCUCUCAGGGACCUUGGCCUUCCUCAAAUCUGUAAAGCGCGGACACCUGUUUCGGGACUUAUUGUGCGGUCCGAGUCACCGUGGGAAACUUACCAGCAAGAUAUUAGAUUGGAACUAGCUGGUCCUAUGAUAGUUGCACAUCGUCGCUCUCGCCCUUUUAAAAAGGUUGCCAUUCGAGAACUUAGAAAGAACAUUACUUACGAGUUCAUUAAUCGUCUACGGUUCAUUAGCCAUGAAAAUGUCCUCUUUCCUCGAGAAAUAUACUUGAGUGGAAAUUCGACGUAUGGGCUUUACGAAAUAGUCCCAUUCGCUUUGGAGCAGCUUGUCAACUGCCCUGAUUUAUACCCUACUGAGGCACAGCUUUCAUCUAUAAUGGGCCAGAUCCUGGAUGGAAUUUACUUUUUAUCUGGGUGUGGCUUAACGCAUCGACAUCUCUCAUGCCGCGAGGUAUUGUUAGGUCUGGAUGGAAUUAUCAAGAUUGCCUGUCUAGAAUCUUGCAUGGAAUAUCCGUCCCAUCAAGCAGCAACGCAAUAUGUUACAUCACUUCCUUCGAUUGUCAUGAGUUUGAUGCACAAAACGGAGAAACAUGACUGUAGGGCUGAUGUAGGAGAAAUAAAUCGCUGGCCAGCGGAUUCAAGAGCAUUUAAAUUCCUGUGCGCAGUUUCAUCGGCCCAAAACAUUGAGUUCUUACAAAGUCAAUAUCUUGUCGCUGCGGGUACUCGAAAUCUAGGUGAAGUCGUCAAGCUCGUUCACAAAAUCCAAAGUGCUUUAUAUUAUCCACUUGAAGAUUUUUUUUGA